AUGUUGAGAUUCUGCCUUUCCAAACGGUUCUACGCAAAAUCCGCGGCGAAAUCUGUCCAGACGAUCGUGAACCCUGGGGACGUGCCACAUGACGGGACCGUGUUCAGUAUGAUUCAGCCGACUGGGAUGUUCCAUCUGGGGAACUACCUCGGUGCCACGCGGGUGUGGAAGCAAUUGAACGACAGCAAGGGUCCCGCGCAAACGCUUGUUUUUGGCGUCGCCGAUCUGCACGCCAUAACGGUACCGAAACCGGAUAGCGCGCAGUUCAGGGAGAGCAGGCUCGGCGCUGUAGCCAGUGUGCUCGCAUGCGGAGUCACGCCGGACCGGUCAAUCCUCAUGAUGCAGUCAAUGAUCCCAGAACACUCGCAGCUGAACUGGCUGCUCGGGACCAUGACGUCGAUGGGGUACCUGAACCGGAUGACGCAAUGGAAGAGCAAGAGCCAGUCCUCGGGGAACACAGACUCCGUAAAAUUGGGACUCUUCGCGUACCCUGUCCUGCAGGCGGCAGACAUCUUGCUGUACCGUGCGACGCACGUCCCCGUGGGUGAAGACCAAGCACAGCACUUGGAACUCACGCGAUACGUGGCGCACCAGUUCAAUUCCUUGUACAAACGGGACUACUUCCCUGCACCGCAGACUUUGCUGACGAGGUCCAAGAAAGUGCUGUCCCUGACGGACCCGUGCAAGAAAAUGUCCAAGAGUGACGGGGACACCAUGUCGCAGAUCUACAUGAACGAUCCACCGGAGAUCAUUCGCCAGAAGAUCCGCAAGGCAGUCACGGACUCGAUCACUACGGAGUUUUACUACGAUUCGGUGGGGAGACCAGGGCUGUCGAAUCUCAUCGACAUCGCCAGCGGCGUCGGGGACACUUCAGUGGCGCAGGUCGAGCGCGACAUCGCACACCUCCGGGACUACCGGUCGCUGAAGGACUACGUCAGCGACUUGCUCAUCGCGGAACUCACGGGGCCCAGACAGGAGUACAAGCGGCUGAUCGCAGACCGAGGAUACUUGCUCUCCGUUGCAGCAGAGGGCAGCAGACGUGCCCGCGAGAUCGCACACCGCACGCUCGCAGAAGUCAUGGACCUGAUGGGUUUCUGA